GAUGACUCUGAUACUGGCAAGCUACUUCCGAGUCAAACUGGUGCCACUGCAGAUUCAAGCCUUUGAUCUGGCUAAUGGAGCGUUUGGAAAAGAGGUGGAGUGCUGGGAGGAUUACAACAAGCGCAUGAUCCCCAUUAUUCUGGGUGCUGUAGCUGCGGCAGUUUGCCUCAUUGCCAUUCUGACGUUUGUGCUUGUCCGAGAACGCCGUGGCCAAGGCUACGAACAACUCUGAGACUCUACAUGUGCAUUGUGAAGAUGAAUCAGGAGAUUCAAUUGUGUGCUUUACAUUGUGUGGAUAUUGCUUUACAGUUUUAAACGAUCUCAGUAAACAAUUAAAAUACGA